CGAUUGUAGUAGGAUUAGAUGCGAUUGUGAGCACUGCCACUACGCAGAGCCAUUUGUGCAUGAGCGCCGAUCAGGAGGCUAAAUGAGGUCAGCCGCUCGCCAGUGCACCACCACCUUCUGCUGGAAGGUCUAAUCAAUUUCGCCUGCUUUGGAUAUUAUUUAACCUGCUUGCAUUGUGGCCACGUAGUUCCGGAGGCUCUGCGCAUCCUACAAGCACCCGAGAUGGAAUUUGGGGGAUUAGGGUCACACAUCCUCCAAUCCAUCCGGGUUUUUGCGGCAUGCAUGCCAGCGAAUAUACGUAUCAGUUGUUUCUUCGGCUUGUGAACGGCCCUGAAUAGCCGGACGUGGAACGCAUAUAUCCAUGCCGUACCACAUCGACUGCUACCUCGACUGUGCUUCUUCGUGUUUCUCCAUCUAUGCAAGAUCCGGCCACAGCUUGCCUCACACGGUGUCUCGGUCGAGUGCGUAUGCCAGUGGGCAUCUCGUCCCCCGGGAACACAAGACUCACCAGCUCAUCAGCUUCCAUCCGGUCUUGCUCGGCGGUGUGCACCGGGCUAGCGGUGCGUGGGCUGCCGCUGCAUACGGCGGCGUCAGCGCCAGUGUUGUCGUUCUCGUGCGAUAUCUCGGAGGCAACGAGCCGCCGCGGACGCUUCCCGCGAAGGCGGCGUAUUUGGAACUCGACAUCGCGCGCACAGCUCGGUACCACGGUGUCUCUGGCGUUGCGCAGCCUGCGUUCUUUCCCGUGUCUACAGUCAUGGCUCAGCGGAUCCUAUGCUACGUGAAAGCGACCUUGCCCCAACCCGCCUUCGAGCAGACCUUGCUGUCGUUCUUCCGCUCGCUCUGGGUGCUUCCGCAUGCCGAUAUCUCGAAACCCGACGUCGUUCGAGGCGUGUUGGACGAAUUGCACCUUUACUCGGAAGCACAAAUCGACGCGAUACUGGCGGCACCGGCCCAGAAAGAAUGAAGGACUGUCUCACGAACAAUACGCGUAGAGUCGUAGAGCUCGGGGCUUUCGGAGCGCCGUGGAUGUGCGUGCAGGACGGUGACCCUGAUAGUGAAACCCAGGAGAAAAAGAAUACUACUGCUAGAUGGGGUCAUAGAUUAUCAGGGUUGUCCAGGUGGCCAAGAAGAUAUCGUAUCCAAGUCAGAUUUCUGGUCUUUGCGAUGAUGGUA